ACAAAAAGCGACAAAAUGUCACCAUCGCAUCGACAAGAAUUUUGUGUACGCUGGAACAGUCAUUUGGGUAGUAUAGGAGCUGCAUUUCCCCAGCUAUUAGCUGGUCAGCGUUUUGUCGAUGUUACACUGGCCUGCGAGGGACAUCAGGUACACUGUCAUCGUUUGGUCUUGGCGGCAUGUUCGUCAUAUUUCGAAAGUAUAUUGGCCGAAAAUCCCUGUAAACAUCCCGUCAUUAUUUUACCAUCAGAAAUAAAGCUAUGGGAGAUACAAGCUUUGGUCGACUUUAUGUAUAAAGGUGAGGUGAAUGUGACACAGGCCGGCCUACCACAAUUGUUACGUUGUGCCGAACAGUUGCGCAUACGUGGUCUGUAUGGUUCCGAUGCGGCAUUAAAUUUAAAUCAAUUAAAAGCUUUAACGGGUAAAUCACAGCAACAACAACAGCAGGCUACAAGUGGAAGCCUACAAGGGGCCGAUAGCAAUGAUGAGGAUACGGCAACAAAUUCAACAACAACCACCACGGCCACAGCUACCAGUACAAUACAAUCGCACCCGCAAAAUGUAGUUAUUAAGAAGGAGCCUAUGUCAGGGCCACCAACCAACACAACACGACCUGUUCUAACACCAGUCUCACUAAAUUCGUUAAUGGCUAAUCCCGCAGCUGUUUCAAAUUUCACAGCACAACAUCAGCAGCAGCAACAGGAUUCAGGUGAUGAAUCCACCUCGAAUGCCUAUGAACAAUACGAGAACAGUCAAAAUGCCAAUAAUAUAGCCGCCAGUAAUGUACUACAACAAAAUAUAAUGCAACAACAACAACAGCAAACAACCACCACCUCGUCAACACCAUCCGAGGCAAUGUCACAAAAUAUGUCAACAUCACAUCACAUGGACUCAACCAUUGAGGAGGACCACAACUAUGUGGCACACGAUGAAGAUGAUAGUUUUGGUGGUGGCGCCGUUGCUGAUAGCGAACACGAUUCCACGGCGAACAAUUCCAUGAUGCACAAUUCAAUGGAUCAGAAUAGUUCAUUGCGACGCAUACGCAGAUCCGAAGAAUCCCUGGAACAGGCAGCCAAAUGUGUUUCGAAAGGCCAGACAUUUCAAACGGUUAGCAAUAUGUUUAAUAUACCCGUAUCGACAAUACGUUUCUAUAUGGCACGUAAGGGUAUACUGCCAAAGCGUAAACGUGGUCGCGGUGCAUCAAGUGCUGGAAGUGGUAGUACCGGUACUGGAGCUGGUGCUGCUGCUGCAAAUAUGAUGAGUUUAGCUGCUGCUGCGGCAGCUGGUGGUAAUCUAUUGGGCAGUGGCAUUGGUGGUGUCAUAGCCAAUAAUCCGGCUGCCCUGGCAAUGUCGGCAGCACAAAUGUCACAGGCGCUGGCGGCCCAAAUGAAACAACAACGAGCAAGUGAAAGUCCAAAUUCAGCACAAUUUUCCGAAGAAGCCGCCUACCAUUUGAUGGGCUAUAAAAUGAAAAGCGAGGCACCACGUUUGGUUUGA